CAAAAAUAUGUUGUAUUCUUAACAUCCUUGCUACUACUUUCCAUUCUAUUAGCCAUAAGUAGUAUAUCCAGUCUAUUAUUUCCAAAUGUAGAAUUGUAUUCAAUAAGAACCUCAUGUUGAACAAUCAUAAAGUUCCAUAAAUGAUAAUCUGCCAUCUAGUAGUUAGUAAUCUAACUAUGAUACGGAUGAAUUAGAAGUCGAAAAGAAAGAUGAGAGUUUAUACUUAAAAAAAGAAACAAAAAAAUAAAGAAACUUAGUAAAUGAGAAAAAAAAAGUUAUAAAAGAUGCCAAAUUUAAGGAUGUAUUAGACUCUACUAAUCUACAUAAAAAUUUUACUAAAGCAUUAGUAGCUUAUGCGAUAAGACAACAAUUCAUUAUUUAUAAAUUGUUAGGAGAAACUAAAGGAUAAUCAUUUCUUGAAUUAAUGCAUUCUGUUAAAAAUAAACUCUGUAACCUUGCUCACAUCUUGUAAUUUACUAAAAAUGAUGAAUUCUUGAAAGCAUUUCGAACUUUAGGGUAUCAAUUUUAACAAUAUAUUUAGAUUUAUUUUCCUUAAAAAAGAAUCAGUUUCUUAUAUCUACAAUUCCAAAAUUCAGUAAAAGACAAGUCAUUUGAAGCACAAAGCCAUAAUUAAGAAAACUCUUCUAAAAAUUUGA